CAUGAGUCCAGCAGCCCCAAAACUUCACACUCACUUUCUGAGGUUUAAGUUAACUGAAGCCCCCUGCCCCACGGCAGAGCCUCAUGGCCGUCGCCGUCGCCGUCGACGUCCGCGGCUCCAUCCAGCUCCUCCGCACCUGCGGCGCCGUGGCCGGCCAGCAGCUGCACCAGCUCCUUCUCAAGUCCGGCCAUGUCCCGUCCUCCCUCCCGCCCUCCAACUCGGUGCUCCUCAUGUACGCCCGUUUCUCCCCGACACACCGCCGCGACGCCCUGCAGUUGUUCGACGAAAUGCCCGGCAGGAACUGCUUCUCCUACAACUCCCUCGUCACCGCCCACCUCAACUCCCGGGACCACGCCGAGGCGCUCCGCCUCUUCCGCUCCAUGCCGGAAAGGAACAGCUUUUCGUGGAACGCCGUGAUCACAGGCAUGGUCUCUGCAGGGGAUCUGGACACCGCCCACAGUCUGCUGGACGAGAUGCCCGUCAAGGAUGCUGUGGCCUUCAACGCUGUGAUGCAUAGGUAUGUCCGGUCCGGCCGUGUGGAUGAGGCGUUUGCUUUGUUCAGAGCGAUUGGUUCGGCAUGUGGUGGUGCAGUCGGCUCCUCGCCGUGCAAUGAUCUUUUUGUGCUUGCUACGGUUGUUGGUGCUUGUGCCGACCGGAUGAAGUACCAUUUUGGGAGACAAGUGCAUGGUCGAAUGGUGACUGCUAAGAUUGAACUGGAUUCAGUUUUGAGCUGCGCAUUGGUGGACAUGUACUGCAAGUGUGGGGAUGUGGACUCUGCUCGUCGUGUCUUUGAUGGUUUAGCACAGAUUGACGAGUUCUCUGUUUCCGCCCUCGUCUAUGGCUAUGCUUCACGUGGACAGCUAGACGAGGCGUUACAUAUUUUUCACAGGGUGGAGAAGCUCGACAUUCUUUUGUGGAAUUCUCUCAUCAGUGGCUGUGCAUUUGCCUGCCUUGGAGAUGAUGCUUUUGCUCUUUUUGUAAGGAUGAUGCGGUUAGGUGUGUUACCUGAUUCUGCAACGUAUGCCAGCGUUCUGAACGUGUGUGGUUUCUCAGGAAUGUUCAAGUUUGGGCAGCAGAUACAUGGGCGUGGUCUGAAGAGUGGGACUGUCAAUGACAUGAUAGCAGCAAGCGCUCUCAUUGACUUCUACUCAAAAUGCAGCCUCUGGGAGGAUGCCUGUCGAGCUUUCAGUGAGCUUAGGUUUCAUGACACCGUGGUGCUCAAUUCAAUGAUCACUGUGUACUCAAACUGUGGGCGGAUAGAAGAGGCGAAAAGAGUUUUUUCGAUGAUCACCAGCAAGAGUGUCAUAUCAUGGAAUUCUUUGGUUGUUGGGUUGAGCCAGAAUGGACAUGCAAUUGAUGCCAUGGAGCUGUUCAGCGAGAUGCAUCGCCUUGGUGUGCGACUCGACAAGGUUGCUAUAGCUAGUGCUCUGAGUGCAUCAAGUAAUAUUUGCUCCAUAAGUUUUGGGGAGCAGAUUUUUUCUCUUGCCACUGUUCUUGGCCUGCAGUCUGACCAUGUUGUAGCCUCUUCAGUCAUCGAUUUGUAUUGCAAAUGUGGCAACUUGGCCAAUGGUUGCAAGAUUUUCAGUGGAAUAGAUAAGCCCGAUGAAGUCAUGUGGAACUCAAUGCUAAUUGGUUAUGCUUCCAAUGGGCAUGGACGCAAGGCACUGGAACUCUUGGAGCUGAUGAGAGUUAGCGGUGUAAGACCAACUGAACGGACAUUUGUUGGUGUCCUUUCCGCGUGCUGCCAUUCUGGACUUGUGGAAGAAGGACUGACAUGGUUUAAGCAAAUGCAGGAGGAUUUCUGUCUGAUUCCAUCAGCUGAGCAUUAUGCAUGUGUGACUGACCUGUUAGUCCGAGCAGGUCGGCUAGAUGAAGCAGUUGAGUUCAUAGAGAAUAUGCCCUUUAAAGCUGAUACAGUAAGUUGGACUACAGUUGUUGGUGGUUGCAAAGCUCAGGGCAAUGAAGCUCUGAUUCAGAAGAUGUCAAAGAGACUGAAGCAGAUGGAGGAAUCAGGGUCAUCACAUUCGAGUCUGUAUGUGCAGCUGUCCAGCGUGCUCGCUGCUCAAGGGGAUUGGGUCAAAUCAGCAGAAAUGAGGGGUAUGAUGCGUGAGAGAAGGAUUGCGAAAAAUCCUGGUUUCAGUUGGAUUGACAGUUAGAGAUUAUGUGUUGGAAAUUGUAGGAGUAUAUUGUUUGUGCAUUUAUCUUGGAGAAGUUGUUUUUCCACCAUAAACCAUUUCUGUAAAACAGAUGAGCAGGAGGCAAAUUUUGCUGCUGGAAAAACACGAAAAAGACACACUUGGAAA